GCAAUACUACUCUAUCUUCAUGAGAAUUCUGGUAUUUUCAGCAUGCCUUACAAUAUAGCAAUGACAAGUGACUUCUUCUAUCCGCAGCCUGGUGGAGUCGAAAGUCACAUCUAUCAGCUGGCUACUAAACUCCGGGACCGCGGCCACAAAGUAAUAAUAAUAACCCACUCCUAUCAAACCCGUCACGGUGUGCGCUACCUCACCAAUGGCCUUAAGGUCUACUACGUCCCAUUCUUCGUCAUAUACCGAGAGUCCACAUUCCCAACUGUCUUCUCCUUUUUCCCUAUAUUCCGCAAUAUCAUCAUUCGAGAGAAUAUCGAGAUCGUCCACGGACAUGCUUCCAUGAGUAGCUUAUGUCAUGAAGCUAUUUUGCAUGCAAGAACAAUGGGUUUAAGGACCUGCUUCACAGAUCACAGUUUGUUUGGAUUCUCCGAUGCGGGAAGUAUCUUAGCGAAUAAACUCUUGAAGUUCACAUUGAGUGAUGUUGAUCACGUCAUUUGUGUGAGCCAUACCUGCAAGGAGAAUACCGUCCUUCGCGCUGCGCUUGAUCCUUCUAUGGUUUCUGUGAUACCCAACGCUGUGGUCGCUGAGAACUUUCAACCUGAUCCAAAUGCUGCUUCUAAAACACACAUCACCAUAGUUGUCAUAUCACGCCUCUUCUACAACAAGGGCACAGAUCUCCUUGUUGCUGCGAUACCUCGAAUAUGUGAACUUCAUCCAUCUGUCCAUUUUAUCAUUGCUGGUUCAGGCCCAAAAGCGAUUGAUCUUGAACAGAUGCUAGAGGAACACAUGCUCCAAGACCGGGUAUCCAUGGUUGGGCCAGUGCGGCAUGAAGAGGUCAGGGAUGUCAUGGUUCGUGGCCACAUAUAUCUACACCCCUCAUUAACAGAGGCAUUUGGCACUGUGCUGGUUGAGGCUGCUAGUUGUGGACUCUAUGUUGUAUGUACUCGUGUGGGGGGUAUUCCCGAGGUCCUCCCAAGUCAUAUGACCGUUUUUGCAAGACCCGAGGAGGACGACUUGGUCAACGCCACUAGCCGGGCAAUUAAGGAAAUCAGAAUGGGAAGGGUAAGAACAGACAAAUUUCAUGAGCAGGUUAAAAGUAUGUACUCGUGGACGGAUGUGGCGGAGAGAACGGAACGAGUAUAUGAGGGCAUAUGCAGGGGCGAAAGGGUGGGUCUUAUGGAGAGGCUAAAGAGAUACUACGGUUGCGGCGUUUGGGCUGGAAAGCUGUUUGUUUUAUGCGUGGUUGUGGAUUAUCUGAUAUGGGUGUUGCUAGAGUUCUUGUUCCCUAGGAGUAACAUUGACAUUGCCCGGGGAUGGCCCCGGAAGGCUGUUGGAACUGGAGAAAGAAGCACUAGAAGGGACAGGUCACGGAGAAGGGAAGGAGUGCUUGUUGAGGAAGAGAAUGCACGUAAUUGAUGGGACAUAUAGAUAGCCACAAAUACCGGUAUUCUCUGUUUGUUGGUCCAGUACCGAUACUUCCGACAAAGCUGCCUGCUGAAGAUGGCAUUU